UUUUUUCUUCGUCGUCGCAGAGUGUGCGCGAUAAGUGUGUGCGAAGGAGCAUAAGAAGGCCGUUCUUUGGACUGAUUCGUUCGUAUCGACCGCGACUCUCUCUCUCUCUCUCAUCUCUCUCAUCUCUCUUCUCUCUCCUCUCUCUCUCCUUCGCCUCCUUUUAUUUCUACUCCUCUACGUCGAAAUCGCUGGGUGAUACAACGGAGGAGAUCGAACGCACGCACACGCUUAACGCUUAGAAGCUUUCUUUGGCCUUGCCUAGCUUUGAUUCCACAUCCCCCACCUGUUUCUUUCUCCUUUAUUCUCCCCCUUCCUCCUUCUCUCUCUCUCUUCGACGAAUCCGCCACAACCCCCUCUCUCUCUCUUUCUCUCUGUCUAUAUCUCUCGCUCUGCUUGGAAUCCGCCAAUGGCGGUUCAGGCGCAAUACCCAUCCAACGUUCUCAUUCUCAACAGCGAGCAAGAGAGGAAGAAGGAGAUGGAGUUCCCCCAGCCCCCUUCCAAGUUCCUCGACCCUUCCCCCGCCAUCUUCUACGGAGGAGGGAGCGGCACCAACACGAGGAAGAGGGGUAGAGAUGCCGCGGCGCUGUUGCCGCAGCAGCAGCAGCAGCAGAUGCAGCAGCAUGUGAACAGCCUCAUUUCUCAGCAGCAGCAGCAGCAGCAGGUGCUGCAGGUGACGACGCCUACGGUGAUAAGCGUGGCGCAGCUGCAGAAGCAAUUGCCUCUUCCGCCUUCUCCGACGCCGAUGCUGUCCACCGGCCUCUGCCUCGACUUCGACGGCCGCCGAUUGAAGAAGGCCCAGAACCAAUCCAAUCUCCUCCUCUCCUCGUCCUCGUCGCCUUCGCCUUCGUCUUCCUCCAUUGUUUCCUCGCUCUUCUCUAAUGAGCUCGCCGCGCAAAUGGCCCAGCAACACGACGAGAUUGAGCGCCUCCUCCAUGCUCACGGGGAGGAGCUGCGGCGGGGGUUGGCGGAGAAGCGGCGGAGGCACUACAGGGCGGUGGUGGGCGCGGCUGAGGAGGCGGCGGCGCGGCGGCUGCGGGAGAAGGAGGCGGAGGCCGAGCGCGCCGCGCGGCGCGGCGCCGAGCUCGAGGAGCGGCUCGCGCGGCUCCGCGCCGAGUCGAUGGCGUGGCAGGCCAAGGCCCUCGCCGACCAGGCCGAGGCCGCCGCGCUCCACGCCCAGCUCCAGCGCGCCGCGGCGGCCGCGCCGGCGGAGCUGCCCAGCGGCGGCGACGGGGCGGAGGACGCGGAGUCGGCGCACGUCGACCCGGACCGGGCCGAACCGGAACCGGGCUGGGCCUGCCGGGCCUGCCGGCUCAGGCCGGCCUCCGUGGUGAUCCUCCCCUGCCGCCACCUCUGCCUCUGCCACGCCUGCGACCUCGCCGCCUCCUCCUGCCCCCUCUGCCUCAUCGGACGGACCGGCAGCGUCCACGUCUGCUUCUCCUAAUUAAUCUCGCCCCACCAAAAUUAAACAAAAUAAAAUAAAAAAUUUUCUAUUAAACAGAAAAUUAAGAGCAAUUUGAGGGGGAAAAGUUUUUAAAACAAAGAAAAAAAAAAAUAAUAGGGAGGUGUCUUCGGCUACACCGUAUCAUCAUCUAUCUCCCAUUGAUCAUACCUUUUUUCUUAAAUAUAUAUAUAUAUUUAUAUAUAAUAAAAAUUAUGAUGAGAUAGGUAAAUUUCAGAAGCCAAAUGUACUCGUUUGGAGACAUUAUAUCAGUUGUGUGACUAUCAUAUUUUAGAUUUUUUUUUUCCUUUUUAGUGAUGAGUACUUUUUUGGGUACCUCCUGUUACUUUUUUUUUUUGGUCUUCUUUUUUUUUUUACUGUUUAUUUAAGUAGGGUUUUAGAUUUUACUGUUUAUUUAAGUAGGGUUUUAGAGAAAUUUCAUUUAUAUUUUUAUUCUUUUUAGACUACAUAGCUCUAUAUGAUGUAAAUGCUAUCUCAAAGAGCAGUAUUGUCCAAGACAUUUUCUUCUUUCGUCUGCUAUUGUAAGUAAUUUUGCUCCUUUAAAAGUUGUGCGAGCGUGCGCGAAGUAUUCGUUGUUUA